GGAAGUCAUUUAUAUCAGCAACAAGUAUGAACAUGGAAGUAAAAGGCAACGUGAGGGGACGCGUUUAGAAGGGCUGAACAAAAAAAAAAGAAGAAAGAUUAACACACAGGAAGUAGGAAGUGUGAUCUGCGAUAUCUCCAGUUUGUUUGUGAGUGUGUGUGUGUUUGAGUGUGUAUAUCAAAUUGUGUGUGUGCGUGUGUGUGUGCGUGUGUGUGUGUGUGUGUGUACGCGCGCUCCAGCGGGGUGUAUGUGUGAAAUGAAACGCUGACCUGUGUAAUGAGCUAAGGACAAUGUCUCUCAAACUACCUCGCAACUGGGACUUCAGCACCUUCAAGGCUGAGACAGCUCGCAUAGCACGAUCCAGGAGUGUCAUACCCGGUGAGGGAGGCCCCGGCACGGGCUCGCCGCGCUCCUCCAGGUCCAUGGAGAGGCCGCUGAAGGCCGGCUGGCUCAAGAAACAGCAGAGGUCUUUAGUCAAGAACUGGCAGCAGCGUUACUUUGUGCUGAGAGGAACCACGCUGACCUACUACAAAGAUGACAAGGAGAACACUGUCCAGGGAGUCAUCCAGCUGCGGUUCAGUAAAGUUAAUGAACUCCCUCCAAACCCAGAUGAUCCUGGGAAGUACCUCUUCGAGAUCAUACCACGUCCAACUGGAGACAGAGAGCGAUGUCCCUAUGUGUUCUUGGCAAACUCCCAGAGUGACAUGGAGGAGUGGGUCCGCACUCUGCGCAGGGUCAUUGGAGUACCAACAAGUGGAGUGUUUGGAAAGAGUCUCAUGGACACAGUAACAUAUGAGCAACGGUUCGGGCCUCACAUGGUGCCAAUCCUGGUGCAGAAGUGUGUGGAGUUCAUCAAAGAGCAUGGCCUGAAUGAGGAGGGCAUCUUUCGCCUCCCGGGUCAGGACAAUGCUGUCAAACAGUUCAGAGAUGCCUUUGAUGCAGGAGAGAGACCCUCCUUCCCCAGUGACACAGAUGUCCACACGGUGGCGUCGCUGCUCAAGCUGUACCUGCGCGAGCUUCCUGAGCCCGUGGUGCCCUGGACUCAGUACCAAGACUUCCUGGACUGCACCAACAACAUGCCGGACAUCAGCACCACAGAGGGUUGGGAAAAGUUGGACAAACAAAUCGCCCUUCUCCCCAAAACCAACUACAACCUUCUCAGUUAUGUCUGCCGGUUUUUGUUUGAGGUGCAGCUGCACUCCAGUGUGAAUAAGAUGAAUGUGGAGAACUUAGCUACAGUGAUGGGGAUCAACCUGCUCAAACCUCAGAUAGAAGACCCCAUCACUGUGAUGAAGGCGACUCCUCAGAUCCAGAGGCUGAUGACAGUGAUGAUCAGACAGCAUGAGACUCUGUUUCCUCUCUCCAAAGACGUGCUUCCCUCCCCUCCCUCAAACAAGGCUGAAAGCCAGAAGAACACUCCCCGAAGCUUUGUGGGCUGGGAGUCUGCAGAGAUGGGUGAUGCAUCUCUGUCUGAGUCUCCGGAAGAGGAGGAGGACAAUGACAGUCCAGGUCCAGGCAGAGGAAACUGCAGCCCCCAAAACCUGCCUCAGGAGCCUCGCUCACCUACCACAGACUGGACAAGCCCCCGCAAACGCACUCAGACCCUGCCCACCUUCAACUGCCCCCUCACCGGGAUGGCAGCUAAGGCGGAGGCCCUCAACCGCUGGAGUAACAUCCAGGAGAGCAUGGAGGAGAAGAGCGGAACACUGUCAGAGGACAUUUUUAAGAUCCUGGACCUCCGGAGUUCAGGUUCAUUGUUCGGGGGGGCUCAGAUCAGUAACAAGGAGGGAGAGGAUAGGUUAACAGCCCGAAGAGGAAGUGACAACACAAGUCCAUCUACCGCUGGCUCCCAAAAACCUGACAGCGACUCCCAGCCUGCUCAGGUGCUGUCUCAGCAGACGAGUGUAGGGAAGCUGGCAGCGAGCGCUUCGGUUCCGCAGGUGGACAGCAGGUCUGAGCCGGAGAAAGACACCCAGCAGCUGGUAGACAGUCUGCGGCAGGAGAACAAGGAGCUGAAGGCUGCCGUGGCGGAGCUGCAGUCGGCUCUGGAGGCAGAUCGCCACCGUGUGGCUGCUCUGGAGAUCUGCCUGAGGAAUGCAGAGCGCAGCCGCGACGAGGCCCAGAGACGCAACGACCAGCUGCAAAGAGACAUUCAGCAGUUCCUCACCAAAAAGCCACACGCUCCCACCUAACAGUCAUUCUCAGAAUCACUGGUCUAUGGAUUUAUGACUAGCGUUAACCUCAACAGAGCUAAUUUCACAUGAACUGGUUAUGGAAAAUACUAUUGUCCUCCAGUGGGAUGGUUUCCAUCUGAGCUCUGUUUGCUUCUCAAGAUAAAUUAUUGGCGCAUUUGUUUGUGCCUGUGAGGAAAGUCUGUUAAGUAGAGAUCUAAAUGGGCUUUAAUAUUUCUAUUUACAUUAGAGACUUUACACAACACAAGUUGGUUCCUCCCUACUACAGGAGUCAUGUCACUGUAUAUGAACUGCCUUGAUCUGGUGUGUCCAAGGCCGGACAACUUGAGCUUAGAUGGAACCCUUUGUUCAUCUGGACUGAAUUAAUGUUAAUGGUGGACAGUACAAAUACUAUUUGUGCCAUUUGCAGAGUGAAUAGUCCAUUAUUCCAUGUUUCAUUUCAGUGGUAAAAUAAUAAAACAGCACACAUGUAAGUGUA